CGGAUUUUUAAUGUCGUAAUUUUGACACGUUCAGGUCACGUGACACGUUUGUCAGCUGGGCAGGACGUUACCAAGAUGGUGAUCUUUAGUGUGUAUGUGGUGAACAAGGCUGGAGGUUUAAUUUACCAAUAUGACAAUUAUGUCCCCAGAGCGGAGGCCGAGAAAACAUUUAGCUAUCCUUUAGAUUUAGUGCUGAAGCACCACGAUGAAAAGGUCGUCGUAUCGUUUGGACAACGGGACGGAAUUAGAGUGGGCCAUGCAGUACUGUCCAUCAAUGGAGUUGAUGUGCUUGGCAAAAACACAGCAGACGGAAAGGACACCCUUGAAUAUUUAAAGGACCCAUCAAAUUACCCAGUGUCUAUUCGCUUUGGACGGGCACGCCUGAGCUCCAAUGAGAAGCUGAUGCUGGCAUCCAUGUUCCACUCGUUGUUUGCUAUAGGUUCACAGCUGUCUCCUGAAGUUGGCAGUUCGGGGAUUGAGAUGCUAGAAACAGACGUCUUCAAACUUCACUGCUUCCAGACUCUCACAGGGAUAAAGUUCAUUGUGCUGGCGGACCCUCGACAAUCUGGUAUCGAUGCCCUAUUGAGGAAGAUUUAUGAGAUCUAUUCAGAUUUUGCCCUCAAGAACCCGUUUUAUUCUCUGGAAAUGCCAAUCAGGUGUGAACUGUUCGACCAGAAUCUGAAGGGUGCACUGGAGAUUGCUGAGAAAGCUGGCAACUUUGGAGCUGGGUCUUGAGCUAGAGAAGACUAGAUAGAAGGUGCUAUGAUUUCUAACCACAACAGAUUCACAGAUUUCAAAUGAAGGUGGUCUAAGUUUAGUUGAUGGUGGUGGGGG